GCUCAGCUGACAACUAAUCCUGUUCCAUGUUUUUACAAAAAUGUUAAUCAAUCUAAACUAAAUAAUAAAACUGGGAUACAUUUGAUGUUUCACAUGUUAAACUUAAUUUCCGAUUGUUAAAAUCAACUAUGAUAUCAUCUCAACUUUUUCAUAACCUUUGUCCUGAGGGUAAACUCAGUUUAAACAGUUUUACCUAUUCUUUAGUUACUUGUCCUAUUGCUUUCUCUUUAUGUUUCAUCUCAAGCACCAACAGUCUAUUCAAUCAAUUAUGGUUUCUUCUUUAUCUGGCUCUCAUCUUAAUUGUACAGCUAUUUUGCUACUUCAGAUACCAUCAUUACAAUCAUGACUACCAAAUAAUUUGGCGGUCAACAUUACUUGGAUCUGUUUUUGGUCUCAGUUUGACAUAUUGUUUUCUCAUCCCUAUUCACUGGAUUCCAUUUUUUUUAUUCUUGGUUGUGGUCGGCUUAUUCCACUUUUCGGAAUACCUAGUCAUAGCUAUAACUAAGCCUAAAUCUGUUAAAAUAGGAUCAUUCAUGUUGAAUCACAGCGUAGCUUAUCAUACAGCAUUGAUUGCCGCUGUUGGGGAGUAUUUCAUUGAGCUUCAUUUUUCUCACCAAAUUAAAAGCAGCACUUUCGUGAUGUUUGUAGGAUUAAUAAUGUGUUUAGCUGGUGAUUUUCUUCGUAAAUUAGCCAUUUUAACUGCCAGAAGCAAUUUUGAUCACACAAUUCAAACCAAAAAAUCAAGAGAUCAUAUAUUAGUUACUCAUGGAGUUUAUUCUUGGUCUCGACAUCCUUCUUAUGUUGGAUGGUUUUGGUGGGCUAUUGGAACUCAGGUUCUUUUGGCUAAUCCAGUUUGCGUGAUUGUAUACACCGUCGUCUGUUGGAAAUUUUUCCAUGAACGAAUUUAUGAUGAAGAAAUGCUUCUGGUGAACUUUUUUGGUUUGGAAUAUAUUGAAUAUCAAAGAAAAGUUCGCACAAGGCUACCUUUCAUCACAGGAUAUCCAUUCGGCGAAUAAAGCCUUUGUAAACUGUCAGUGUGGCUAAUUUUAUCAUAAUUCUCAUAUCAUAUAACAGCUUGGUCUCUUUCUAUAAUGCAUAGAUAAUAUUUAUUAUACUUUUGCUUGAAAAUUGGAAUCCCAUUCACGAUUUUUUUUCAAUUUCAAUGCCAGAUGAACUUGACGAUUAAUUUUUGCUACGACUAGGAUCAGUGAUCAGAUUAUUUAAUGUAAAGACCCUGGACUCUCGAUUGUUUAAAAUGUAAAUGUCAUUUGUAAUUCUGUCUCCAAAUCUCUGUCACUUAAAACCUUUUUUAUCUUGUGUCAUUUAAUUUCACACUAAAUUGAGAUGAAAGAAUUUGAAUAAAUAUAAAUUAAAUUAACCA